UGGCGGGCACCGGCCCCGUUGGCCGGGCCAUGGAUGGUGUGGACGUGACGAGCUUCUUUCUUCUGGUGUCAGUAACAGGCCUACUACCAUGAGCAAUCCUACUCAAGCUGCGGGUAUACAUAAGAAAAGAUUUUUAUCACAGUUCAUGAACAAUAAUGAGAAUGAUAAGAAGAAAUUUAAAGCAGACAGAUCACUAUGCUCCCCUUCACGUGUCCUUCAUAUUCGUCAAAUUCCAAGUGAUGCUACUGAAGCAGAAGUCAUUUCAUUAGGCAUGCCUUUUGGCAAAGUAACGAACUUCUUGAGGCUGAAACGAAAAUGUCAGGCAUUAUUGGAAAUGGAUUCUGAAGAAGCUGCUGCUGCUGUGGUGAACCACUGUAAUUAUUCUAUACCUCAUCUCCACAGUCAGCCUGUUUAUGUUCAGUAUUCCAAGCACAGAGAACUUAAGAUUGAAAGUUCACCAUAUCAGGCUAGAGCCCAAGCUGCACUGGAAGCUGAGAAUGCUAUGGAGCGUAGAAGCCAGGCUGUUCCAAGUACUUAUGCUGUUGAAGGUGGGCACCGUCCCUAUCAAGGUUCAGUUCUUCGAAUCAUUGUUGAAAAUCUUCACUACCCUCUCACUAUAGAAGUGUUGUAUCAGAUUUUUUCUAGGUUUGGAUCUGUCUUGAGGAUUGUUACCUUCACUAGAAACAAUCAGUUCCAAGCUUUGCUCCAGUAUGCUGAUCCAAUGAAUGCAUAUUAUGCCAAAAUGAAUCUGGAUGGCCAUAAUAUCUACGGUAUGUGCUGCACCUUGCAUAUUGAGUUCUCCAAGUUAGGUAGCCUUGAAGUGAAGUACAACAAUGAGAAAAGUAGGGAUUUCACUCGCCUUGAUCUUCCUUUUGGUGAUGGCCAGCAUCCUCCGGAGCUACCCAUGGCUCCUGCCUAUGGCACCCAAAAUUUCAUCAUCCCGUCAUAUACAGGGGCUCCUGGGUUUGCCCCAGCCAUGGCCUUUACUCCAGUUGCAAGUUAUUCCUUUCCAGUUGCUCCUGCACCACGUGGUUCUGUUGCUCCCACAUCAGCAGUGCCUGCACCAGUGGCUCUUCCUGCAGUUAAUACUGUUCCAGCCAAUUCUGUUUUACUAGUCAGCAACCUCAACCCUGAAGCUAUCACACCACAUGGACUUUUCAUCCUAUUUGGUAUGUAUGGUGAUGUACAUCGUGUGAAGAUCAUGUUUAAGAAGAAAAGCAACGCAUUGGUUCAGAUGGCAGAUGCAACCCAGGCUCAGUUAGCUAUGGGUCACUUGAAUGGACAGAAGCUUUAUGGAAGGGUCAUCCAUGCUACUCUUUCAAAACAUCAAAUAAUUCAGCUUCCUCCUGAGGGACAAAGGGGCAAUGGUCUGACGAAGGACUAUAGCAAUAGCCCUCUGCAUCGCUUUAGGAAAUCUGGCUCUAAGAACUUCCAAAACAUCUUUCCUCCAUCUGACACCCUGCAUCUCUCCAACAUCCCGCCUUUUGUUACUGUUGAGGACAUGGAAAACCUUUUUGAAAAAAUAGGAUCUACUGUGAAAGCCUUCAGAUUCAUCCAGAAAGACUGCAGAAUGGCUCUUAUCCAGCUGGGCUCUGUGGAAGAAGCAUUUCAUGCUCUCAUUGAGCUUCACAAUCAUGACCUUGGAGAAAAGCAUCACCUCCGAAUUUCCUUCUCAAAAUAUACAAUCUGACUUUUCUGUGAACUUUCCUUUUAAGGCUGCAUCACACAUUAAAUAAAAUCUUCAAAUAGAGACUGAAACAGCUGUAACCAGCUCUGUCUCUUAAAAGAAAAAGCUCAUUCGUACAUGCAGUUUUAGGUGAUUAUCUUUUCUGAUUUAGCUGCCAGUAUGUGAUCAAAGUUUAAUAUUCAUCCAUGGAAAAAUUCCUCUAUGAAAGUGCUUUAGCAACAAUAUUUAUCCCCAAGUUUCCUACAUAAAGAACAUCCCUUUAGCUUUUGUUUAAAAUCUGCCUUACAAAACACUUCAGAGAAUUUUUACAAUAUACCAAACAAAAAAUACUUCUAACAAAAAUAAUAGUCAAUCUACACUACACAGAUUAAACGCUAAUUUGAAUGUGAAAUAAUGCUUGGGUUUCUUGAAGAAAUGGAAGCACUGGCUGUGAGUGUCCUCUAAAUAGUAUUUAUGUCACCAGGGUAUGUGUUCAUAGUUUGGCAAAUCUUUACAAUAACUUCCUUUAAAAGCAAACUGUGCUGUUCAUAUGGGUUAAAUUAUUAGAGAACAGGCAGUGCCUUCUCACUGUAUAAAUAUGUAAAAGAUAUUUGACAAGUUUCUUCAAGAUGUGCUAUCAGACACCUAGCUUGACUUAGCCCCGGCAUUAAUUUCUUUUUCCUAUGAAGCGAUGUAUGAUAGUGCUUUAGAGAAAAUGGGAAAAUAGUCCUGAAAUCAGUGAAUUUUUUUACAUUUCUUUAAAGAAUAAAAUGUUUACAAUCUUAUUGAAAAUAUUCAGGUCUUUGAUGGUUUGAUAACUUUUUAAGAACUUAUUUUUGUUAAGGUCAUCUUUGGAGCAGAAAAAUUGAACCUCAAGAGUUUUUAGUACCACUAUAAUGUCUAAUACUUAAAUUCCUAUGUAUUUACUUAAUUUCUUAUUAUGUGCCUUACUAUAUGCUUAUGAUAGAAUAGCUUAGAGUUUUCUCUGAAGUGUCUUGAAAAAUACAUUGUGGGCUUUCUCUUUGUGGUCUUCUUAGAAAUGUUUUCCUUGAUACUUUUGUUCCCACAGAGUAAUCUGAAUUCCAGUCUUUUGUGCUUCGGUAUAGAGAUUGGAUAGAAGUGGGAAUGACUUUAACGAGUUUAAGUGAGAAUGAGUUUAACUUCUUGUGUAAUUGUGUGGGGAUUCUUCAAAUUUACCUGGUUGCAGUUACUUGAUGCCAGUACUUGGCUGAAAAAAAUGCACUAAAAAAAACCUGUAUAGAAAGACUACACAGCAAAUUUCACCCCAGUUUCUGGACUUCAUCUAACAUUUUAAGAGACAUCCGAGUUGCUGCAUUUUUCUCCCAGUAUUAAUCUUUUAAGUAAUAAAUAGCUGUCAUUCUUUCUCUUGUAAGUAGGCAGAAAUAUUUGAUAGUGAGUGCAUAUUUCUCUUUGGAGAAUAUGCUGAGAUAGAGUUAGCUUUGGUGUUUAAAGUACAUAUAAACUUUUGUGACUUUUAUUUCAAAAAAUUAAAUGUCAUUAUUAAAAAUUUUCUUUCUUGUGUUAACUACCUUUUAGAGAGGUAUUCCUCUCAAGCAUAACAUUUAUUAACUUCUAACUCCUGCUGAAAUGUUUAGCCACUUCUGUUUUUUUUAAUAAAUUUGUAUAAAUU